GACAGCAUCACGCACCAAGCCAAUGUGCGUCGCUGACAUUUAAACCAAGCCGCCGCCCCCUUUUUCCUCGCUCCGCACUGUUUUCCUCCUCUCGGACAGACUGCGACAGCUGCCAAUGUUUAGCUCGCCUUCGUAAAGUUGAGGAGAACCCUGAAAGAAUGCCGCUGGCCCGCAGCCUGUCCGUCACAUCCCUCUCAGGACUUGAGGAGUGGGACGAGGAGUUUGAGUUGGAGGAUGCCGUUCUUUUUGAAAUUGCUUGGGAAGUUGCCAACAAAGUUGGAGGCAUUUACACCGUCAUCCAAACCAAAGCUCGUCUGACCGCCGAGGAAUGGGGGGAGAACUAUUUCCUGGUGGGUCCCUAUGUGGAGAGCAACGUGCGCACUCAAGUGGAGUUGAUUGAACCCACCAACCCCGUGCUGAAGCGGACCAUUGACAAAAUGAACUCCAGUGGGUGUAAGGUAUACUUUGGUCGCUGGUUGAUUGAAGGCAGUCCUUAUGUCGUUUUGAUUGACGUGGGCUUCACUGCGUGGUCUCUGGAUCGCUGGAAGAGCGAGCUGUGGGAGCUGGGUGCGAUCGGCGUGCCUUGGUUUGACCGUGAGGCAAAUGACGCCGUGUUGUUUGGCUUCCUGACGGCUUGGCUUCUUGGAGAGUUUGCAGCCCAGUCCGAGGAGCCCCCGCACAUCGUGGCUCACUUUCACGAGUGGCUAGCUGGUCUGGGGCUGGUGCUGUGCAGGAAGCGACAGCUGCCUGUUGCGACCAUCUUCACAACUCACGCCACACUACUGGGACGCUACCUAUGUGCCGGAAAUGUGGACUUUUACAACAACCUCUCAAAGUUUAACGUGGAUAAGGAAGCAGGUGAUCGACAGAUCUACCAUCGCUAUUGUUUGGAGCGAGCGGCGGCACACUGCGCCCACGUCUUUACCACGGUGUCACAGAUUACAGCUAUUGAGGCGGAGCACCUGCUCAAGAGGAAACCAGAUAUCGUCACUCCCAACGGGCUGAAUGUGAAGAAGUUCUCGGCUAUGCACGAGUUUCAAAACCUCCAUGCGCAAAGCAAGAGUCGGAUUCAGGAGUUUGUCAGGGGACACUUCUACGGGCAUCUCGACUUCAACUUGGACAAGUGUUUGUUCCUCUUCAUCGCUGGGAGGUAUGAAUUCUCCAACAAAGGAGCUGACAUCUUCCUGGAGGCUUUGGCCAGACUCAACUAUCUACUGAGAGUCAACCACAGUGACGUGACUGUUAUAGCUUUCUUCAUCAUGCCAGCACGGACGAACAACUUCAACGUGGAGACCUUAAAAGGACAAGCAGUCAGAAAACAGCUGUGGGAUACAGCUCACACUGUCAAGGAGCGCUUUGGAAAGAAGCUCUAUGAUUCUCUUCUAGUGGGCCAGCUGCCAGACGUAGCAAAGAUGCUGGAUAAAGAAGAUUUCACCAUCAUGAAGCGGGCUAUCUUUGCCACUCAGAGGCAGUCACAGCCUCCAGUCUGCACCCACAACAUGCUGGACGACAGCAGCGACCCCAUCCUCAACUCUGUCCGCCGCAUCGGCCUUUUCAACAGCUCUGCUGACCGAGUCAAGAUAAUCUUCCAUCCAGAAUUCCUUUCAUCCACGUCUCCUCUGCUGCCAAUGGAUUAUGAGGAGUUUGUCAGAGGUUGCCACCUCGGCGUUUUCCCGUCUUACUAUGAACCUUGGGGCUACACACCAGCUGAGUGCACUGUCAUGGGAAUUCCAUCAAUCUCCACAAACCUGUCCGGGUUUGGUUGUUUCAUGGAGGAGCACAUAGCCGACCCUACAGCAUACGGCAUUUACAUCCUUGACCGGCGUUACAAGGGGGUCGAUGAGUCGUGUAACCAGCUCACCUCCUUCCUGUUCCAGUUCUGCAAGCAGAGCCGACGUCAGCGUAUCAUCCAGAGAAAUCGAACCGAGCGCCUGAGUGACCUGCUGGACUGGAGAUACCUCGGCAGGUAUUAUAUAGCUGCCCGUCAUAUGGCCUUGGCUAAAGCCUUCCCUGAUACCUUCAUAUAUGAACCUCAUGAGCCGAGCUCGACUACAGGCUUCCGUUACCCUCGACCGGCCUCCGUACCACCCUCUCCAGCGCUGUCCCGCCACUCCUCCCCGCACCACAGCGAGGCUGAGGACGACGAAGACGAGCGUUACGACGAGGAUCUGGAGGCAGAAAAGGACAGAGUAAACAUCCGCCAGCCCUACACCGUAACUAAAAACAAAACCUCCGCCAUCCCGGGAGCUGAUGAGAAUGAAGACGACGCCAGCGAGAAAAACUGAGCGCCACAGAGUGUAGUGGAGCCAGAAUCUACCAGAACGUCACUCCGCCCUGUUUUUUUUUUUUCUCCAGAAGGUGAAAUUGCCUUCAUACUCCCACCAGCAGUCUUGAAAAUCGAUCAUGCACCAUGAAAAUAUACUUCCAAGCUGUCAUAUCAAUAAAGUUGCAUUCAUAAGUUCAGAACACUACAAACACGCCUAAAGUGAACCCUUUAAAACGGGGUGCAGAUAUACAAUCGGGUUCUAAAUAUGAGCACGUGUGAUGCCACCCGCCUUAUCCACUACCUGAGGUCCACGAGUUCUGCCCCUUUUUCCCACGUGUUCCUGCAGAUCCGUUCACACUCCUGCAUCGAGAAAAUAUUCCACCUUAAAUAAACCCAGGCCGGCUGCUUCUGCACUCCCAUCAAUAAUGUUUUCAGGUUGUAGUUUUGGUGAUUUUUGUCAAUUAAUCAUGAGAUUUGUUGAUUUGAACUGUUCUGAUGCACUUCAGAGGUUUGACAUUUCUUCAUGCAACUGCACUUCAGAUGUUUUUAUGUUGGUGCUACAACCAUAAGAAACAUGACCUCACCGAGGUGGUGAUGGUUGUUGAAUUAACCCAUCUAAACCUGCUAGUGAGCGUUAACAGAACUUAACUGCUGCUGAGAUGACACCAGGAUACUACAACUCACUAGUGAAAUUCACCACAAACUGUGCAGCUGUGUGUGUUUGUGUGUUUGUGCUGAGUUCUAGUAUUGGUUUGUUUUUAUUGCAUCACUGUGUCUUCCCAUCCAGACCGUUUUAACUCCUCUGCUAUGCUUUAGUAUUGUAAUAGUGAUACCAACAGUGGUACGCUUAAAGACUAAACUAGUUUUUCUAAAUGAUAGUGGUGAAAAACAAAAUGCUGGAUUGUGUACUAACACUGGAACCAUUGAUCUAAAGCUCUGAUAACAUGAGUGGAAGGAGUGUCUGCAGGUGUUUUAUACUUGAUUCAGUGCAGGGAAAAUAUUGCUGUUGUGGUUUUUCCAGCUUUGUCAACUUUGUACUUUCAAGAAAAUCUUUAUUUCUCUUACGCAGCACUUCCGAUCAAAGAGCUCUCCGUUUAGUAGCUUUUUUUUUUUUUUUUUUUGGUCAAAUGCCUUGUUUACCACAAAA